AGCACCAAAGAAUCUCUUCCUCUCUUUGCAUUCAACACAGCAAUACAACCACGUUGGGAUAUGGCCACUGUAGGGAAGGUGAUUAAAUGUCGGGCUGCUGUUGCCUGGGAGCCAAAUGCUCCCCUGGUGAUGGAGGAAAUUGAAGUGGCACCACCAGAGGAAGGAGAAAUACGAAUUAAGAUUGUGGCUACAGGCGUGUGUCACACCGACCUGUACCACCUGUUUGAGGGGCAGCAGACGCGGGGCUUCCCCACUGUGCUGGGCCAUGAGGGGGCUGGAGUGGUGGAGAGUGUGGGACCUGGAGUCACUGGUUUCAAACCAGGUGAUAAGGUGAUUCCACUCUUCCUCUCUCAGUGUGGAGAGUGCAAGUUCUGUAAAUGUCCAAAAACGAACCUUUGUGACAGCAGCUGGUCAAGUAAGUAUUAUGAUGUGAUGUCUGAUCCCACCUCACGUUUUACUUGCCGUGGUCGGCCCAUCCUGCAGUUCAUGGGUACAAGUACCUUCUCUGACUACACUGUCAUAAAUCAGAUUGCUGUAGCAAAGAUUCGGGAUGACGCCCCACUCGACCGCGUGUGCCUGCUUGGAUGUGGCAUCGCUACUGGCUAUGGAGCUGCUAUCAACACAGCAGGGGUUACUCCAGGUUCUGUGUGUGCAGUUUUUGGGCUGGGUGCAGUAGGUCUCGCUGCUGUCAUGGGUUGUAAAAAUGCUGGAGCUUCUCGGAUCUUUGCUGUUGAUAUCAAUGAACAGAAGUUUGAAAUGGCAAAGGUUUUCGGUGCCACUGAUUUUGUGAAUCCAAAAUCAUACAAUAAACCUGUCAGUGAAGUACUGGGAGAAAUGACCAAUGGAGGAGUGGACUUCUCACUUGAGUGUGUGGGCAACACAGCAGUAAUGAGGAGUGCACUGGAGUCAUGUGUUAAAGGUUGGGGUGUGAGUGUUUUGGUUGGAUGGACUGAUGUGUCAGAUUUUUCUGCACGGCCGAUUCAGCUCAUAUCUGGGAAAACCUGGAAAGGUUCUCUAUUUGGAGGUUUUAAGAGCAAGGACAGUGUUCCAGGGCUGGUUCAGGACUACAUGUCUGGCAAAAUAAAGCUUGAUGAGUUUAUAACCCACAACAUGAGUUUGGAGCAGGUCAAUGAUGCCAUCAACCUCAUGAAGACUGGAAAAUGCAUUAGAACCAUCUUGAAUGUUUCCAAUUGAGAAGCAUAUCAUCCAAACUCAACCAGUUUCUAAGCCACAGUUAUAGUCUAAACUGUUUAUUGCUUGUUCCACAAAUAGGGUACAAAAUACAGCCUGAAAUUUGCAAAAAAAAGAAACAACAAAAAACUAUUCAAUAUUCAAAUAUUUUGAGCUGUUUUGUUUUCUACCCAUUUUCUGUGAGGUUUGCAACUUUUGCAAAAAAACCCCUGUUAAAUAACUAAGAAAAUGUCUAAAUACAGUGUAGAAACCUGAAAUGUGUGGAUUUAUUAUUUUAUAGCAAUACACAUAAAUAGGUGACGAAAUAAAACAGACAAAAUCCAUACAAUUACUUUUUUUUAUUUUUUAUUUACCAAUAAAUAACCUACUCCAGAAUGGGUAACGGGGUUAAAUGAUUGAGCUUGAAGAAUACAGGCACCACUACAAUUUGUGUUGUCAAAGUUACUUCCGGACAUUUCUGGAUAUAGUAGAAAAUAUUAAAGACCCCUGAGGUGGGGCAGGCCAUUUAUGGUGGUUUAAACCAUCUAUUUUUUAUGUUAGGUUAAUUUUAUGUUAGAUAUUAGUUUGUCAAAUGGAUCUUGUAGUUCUCACAAUACACAGAGGAUUUGUAGUGGUGGGAAAGCAAAGUGUACUGUAUUUGUGGAAUGUGCCUUCUCUAGUUUCUUUACAGUACUUCUGUACCAGCUGAGUGCAUGCAAGGAUCUGUUUUAAUAGCAUAUUCCAGCCCACUGCUUCAUUAAAUGCUUUCACUUGCCUUUUUCAACAACUUUCAAGUUGUGUUAUAACAAAGCACAAUGUAUAUUACACAUGGUUAUGGAAGAAUGCAUGCAAAACUUUAUGUAUUUCACCAAAAUAUUGUUCAAUUCAUCUGCAACAACAUCUUUCUUAAAACUUUUCAAAGAAAAUGUUAUCUAAUCUGUGGCAAAUAAAAAAAGAGACAAGCAGACAAA